UGAAAGAUGCGAGAGGCGGCGGGCGGCGGUAGUGUGCUCUUCGCCUGCGCGGUCUUUCUGGCCCUGCUGGUCAGGCGCACCGCCUGCGCGCAUAACUACACGAUGCUCCAACAACAGGAUGAACUAUUGACAACCUACACCAAGGAUUCACUUUCAAAUUUUACGGAAUUUACAAAAAACUACGGAUACUACUCCGAAGAACAUGUGGUGAUCACCGAAGAUGGCUACAUAUUGUUUCUAUUUCGUAUACCGAAAGGCAAAAACUGUAACGGAUCAGUAGUGAAACCACCCGUAUUACUGAUGCACGGCUUGCUGAUGAGCGCUGACUCGUGGCUGGACGCCGGGCCUUCGGCGGGGCUGGCAUUCCUCCUGGCCGAUGUAUGCUACGACACGUGGGUUGGCAAUGUGCGCGGAAACUACUAUGGACGGCGACACAUCAGACUUGAUCCAGACACCGAUUCAGAAUUCUGGGACUUUAACACCGAACAAAUGGGCGUCUACGAUCUCCCGGCAAUUAUUGACUACAUAUUACAACACACCGGUUCCAAAGAUCUUAUGUUCGUGGGCUUUUCACAAGGUUGUCGAUUACUGUUCACGAUGGCCUCGGAGACGUCGGGGAAUGUCGAGAAAAUAAGAAUUGCGAUCAAUGUGGCGCCUGCGGUGAGAGUAAAAUACACCAGAAGUAUAUCUUUACGGCUGUUGACAGGAUUUUAUGCUGCGGUUUCACCGAUAUUGAAAAGUCCUCGACAACUCGAGAUUUUACAAAAAGGCGGUCUGAUUCAAACUGCAGCCGCUUUCAUAUGCAAAGAUUACGAACUGGCGAGAACAGUUUGUCCACUGAUAUUGGCAAUCAUCGAUUCCUACGAUCCGGGCUCCGUGUCGACAGACACGAUACGCACAUUGUUUGGACAUUUCCCGGCGGGGGCGUCUGCUUAUACCAUAGGAUUUUACGGUCAGGAAGCAAUAUCAAAAAAAUUUCAGAAGUAUGACUAUGGUUUGAGAAAAAAUUUGCAAUUGUAUGGCAAUGCCGUCCCCCCAUUGUACAACCUAAAAAAGUCAACGAUGCCUGUAGUUUUAGUUUAUGGCAACAACGACUUCUUGGUGGAUCCGCGGGACGUGAAGUGGCUGUCCAAACAAUUGCCCAACGUAUUGGAGACGUACGAGGUGAGCCGCGCCACAUGGAAUCAUUUGGACAACAACUACAGCCAGUUAGCGAAGCGACUGACCUUCCCCAAAAUAAAUCAAUACUUACGUAAAUACAGUAAUAGGGGAUAAGUUCUAUGAACUAUUGUUAUUUUUAUGUAAGACCAUUUAUAGAUUCGACCAACUUAAUUAUUUGCUUUUCUGACCAUGAAA